AAUUUUAACUUUGAAGUACACCAAAGGGGCAAAAGUUGGCCAUUACAGAGGAAGAUUUGUCCAGUUAAAAAUGGUACACGUGUGAGGGCAUGGUGGAAUCUGGUCCUUUGAUUUUCCUUCAACGGGGAGAAAGAAUGAAAUUCCUCUUAGGACCCCACCAACAUUUCAUAUAUAUAAAUUAUUCCCCAUGAAAACACAGGUCGUCGCGAGUCCAAAAAAUCCUAACGCCACGUCUCGCCUCGCCUCGUCUACCAAUCCCACUUAGCCUUCUCCCCAGCACCCGCAGGUCAGCAGCGAAGCCCCACUGCUCUGCCACCUUCCCCGUUGAUUCCAACCUUCCUCUCAAUUUCAUCAUUUCGUUUUCGUUCCUUUAGCUUCUUCUCACAUGUCGCUUCCUUCAACCUCAGAAACAGGGUCUUCGCUUCCCCGGUUUUUUCCCUUCUUCUUCUCCAUCUUCUGUGAAGGAGUGUUGAGUCGAAAUGGGGUUCUGUCCUUGUUCCUCUGAGUCGUUUCAGAAGCUCAUGGAGUCGUUCUACGGAAGGUACAGGAAGAAGUUGAAGAACUCGGCGGAUGCGAGCAGGAAGAUCAAAGGGACUGUUGUUUUGAUGAAGAAGAAUGUGUUGGACUUCAACGAUUUGGGAGCUUCUUUUCUCGAUCGGGUUCAGGAGUUCUUGGGAAAGGGCGUCUCCCUGCAGUUCAUUAGCGCCAACCGUGCCGACCCAGAUAAUUUGUUGCGGGGGAGGCUGGGAAAGGCGGCGUUCUUGGAGAAGUGGAUUACCACGAUCACUUCGCUGACAGCGGGGGACACCGCAUUCACCAUUAACUUUGAUUGGGGUGAGCACAUGGGUGAACCCGGCGCCUUCAUUAUCAGAAAUCAUCAUCGCAGCCAGUUCUUCCUCAAGACGGUCACCUUAGAAGAUGUUCCCGGGCACGGCCAGAUCCAUUUCGUUUGCAAUUCUUGGGUUUAUCCUGCUCAUCGUUACAAGUACAAUCGCGUGUUCUUCUCAAAUAAGACCUACCUGCCCUGUAACACGCCGGAGCUGUUGCGCCAAUACAGAGAAGAAGAACUGGCGAAUCUCCGGGGAAAUGGUUCAGGCACGCUUAAGGAGUGGGACAGAGUUUAUGACUAUGCUUACUACAAUGAUUUGGGAAGUCCAGACAAGGGUCCUGAAUAUGCACGCCCAGUGCUUGGAGGAUCCAAGGAGUACCCAUAUCCUCGAAGAGGAAGAACAGGCCGACCUCCAACCAAAACUGAUCCAAACUCUGAGAGCAGAUUGCCGCUUCUGAGUUUGGACAUAUAUGUUCCAAGGGAUGAGCGGUUUGGUCACCUUAAGAUGUCAGAUUUCCUUGCCUAUGCAUUGAAAUCCUUGGUUCAAGUACUGCUUCCCGAGCUCAAAUCCUUGUGUGACAAGACUAUAAAUGAAUUUGACACACUUGAAGAUGUGCUCAGCCUAUACGAAGGGGGUAUUAAUCUCCCAAAUGGACCGACAUUUGGUAAAUUUCGCGAACGCAUUCCAUGGGAGAUGCUCAAGGAACUUGUUCGUACUGAUGGUGAGAAAUUCCUCAAAUUCCCAGUUCCUGAUGUAAUCAAAGAGGAUAAAUCUGCAUGGAGAACAGAUGAAGAGUUUGCACGAGAAAUGCUCGCUGGAGUGAACCCUGUUGUCAUCUGUCGACUCCAGGAGUUUCCCCCAGCUAGCAAGCUAGACUCUAAAGUAUAUGGAAAUCAGGGAAGUCAUAUAACUGAACAGCACAUUGAGAAAAACAUGGAUGGGCUCAAAGUAGACCAAGCGAUUGCAAACAGUAGGUUGUUCAUAUUAGACCAUCAUGACACACUGAUGCCGUACCUGAGACGGAUUAACUCAACUUCCACCAAGACUUACGCCUCCAGAACUCUGCUAUUUCUGAAAGAUGAUGGAACCUUGAAGCCGUUGGCAAUUGAAUUGAGCUUGCUGCAUCCACAAGGGGAGCAGCAUGGGGCAGUUAGCCAGGUUUUCACUCCAGCAGAACAGGGCGUUGGGGGUUCGGUCUGGCAGCUGGCCAAAGCUUAUGCUUCUGUGAAUGAUUCCGGCUACCAUCAACUCAUUAGCCACUGGUUAUACACGCAUGCCGUGAUAGAGCCAUUUGUAAUUGCAACAAAUAGACAGCUAAGCAUUCUUCACCCAAUAUAUAAGCUUUUGCAUCCCCACUUCCGCGACACAAUGAAUAUUAAUGCCUUGGCCCGACAGAUCCUCAUCAAUGCUGGUGGGGUUGUUGAAAAGACCGUCUUCCCAGCUAAAUUUGCUAUGGAAAUGUCUGCAGUGGUUUACAAGAGCUGGAAUUUCAUGGAGCAGGCACUCCCCACUGAUCUGAUCAAGCGAGGAGUAGCAGUUCCAGACCCAAACUACCCCCAUGGCCUGAGAGUUGUGAUAGAGGACUACCCUUUUGCUGUUGAUGGGCUUGAAAUUUGGUCAGCAAUUGAAACUUGGGUCAAUGAAUAUUGCUCUUUCUACUACCCCACUGAUGACUUUGUCCAAGGUGACUGUGAACUUCAGUCAUGGUGGAUGGAGCUCCGCAAUGAGGGCCAUGGUGACAAGAAAGAUGAGCCAUGGUGGCCAGAGAUGCAGACACGAGAUGAGCUAACCCGAACCUGUUCCAUCAUCAUAUGGGUGGCUUCUGCCCUCCAUGCAGCAGUCAAUUUUGGGCAGUACCCUUAUGCUGGCUACCUCCCAAACCGUCCAACUAUAAGCCGCCGCUUCAUGCCUGAGCCGGGAACUCAUGAGUAUGCUGAGCUCGAGUCAAAUCCUGAUUUGGCCUUCCUGAAAACAAUUACUAGCCAGCUUCAAACCCUCCUUGGUGUGUCCCUAAUAGAGAUUUUGUCCAGGCAUUCCACGGAUGAGGUUUAUCUUGGGCAGAGAGACACUCCCAAGUGGACUUCAGAUGCUGAACCGCUUGAGGCUUUUGAGAGAUUUGGGAAGAAACUUGUGGAAAUAGAAAACAGAAUUAUGGAUAUGAACAAUGACAAGAGAUGGAAGAAUCGAAAUGGACCCGUUAAGAUACCAUACACCUUGCUCUAUCCCAGCACCUCAGAUUACUCUAGAGCUGGAGGGCUUACAGGCAGGGGAAUUCCAAACAGUGUCUCAAUCUGAAGUUAUGUAAAUGGAUUAACAACUAGUUUUGUUAAGAAAUUAAAUUUUUUUGUGUUGUACAAAAUAUAACACGAGAGUAGACAACUCGCACCUCAAAACAGUGUCGUAAUGUAUGCAAAAAUUGUGCAGAUUCUCAUACAAGUCAUUGAUUUUUCAAAUCUUCCUUGAAAAUAAAGGCAUGAAUAUAUGCACGUUAGCUAUUUCAAA